GGGGCACCGCGCCGUGGGCGGCGCCAUCUUAGGGGCGACGGGAGCCUCCCGGGCUCAAGCGGCCUUCCGCUCUGCGCGCCAUGGGGUCGCGGGAGCCCUGCCGGCGGCUGGAGGCGGUGCUCGGCGCUCUCUACGACCUGGGUGACGAGCCCGGCGUCCGUGGCGCGGCGGGGGACGGCGAUGCUGGCGAGGCGGAGGAAGAGGAGGAGAGCCGGGAAGCGCAGCCGGCAGCCCCGAGCGAUGCCGGCGGGGCGGAGGGAGGGCGGCGCGGCGCCCGCGGCUUCUUCGGAGAGCUGCGGGAGGAGAUGUGCCGCACCGCCCCCCCGCCGCCGCCGCCUCACGCCGCGCCGCACCCCGCCCAGGUGGAGGUGGUGGUGUUCCGCGCGAGGAAGAGGAAGGCGCGGCCCGACCCCGCUCCGGCGGCGCCCGGCGGCGGCACCCAGACCAAAACAGUGGCUGAAAAGAAAAAUGUGAACAAGCAAGAAUUUAACUUCGAAAAAGCUCGUUUGGAAGUGCACAGGUUUGGAAUCACUGGCUAUGAGAAGCAGGAGCAGCGUAUAUGGGAACGGGAACGUGCAAUCAUGCUGGGAGCCAAGCCUCCCAAAAAGGAACACAUCAACUACAAGAAAUACCAGGAGAAAAUGAAGGUGAAGAAAACAACAAAGGAUGAUGAUAAGGGACAGGUACAUAAAGGUGAUUCUCUGAAGAAGAAGAAGAAAGACUUGAAGGAGAGAAAGGCCAAAAGGAAGAGAUCGGUGCCUAGCAUUUGGCCUGCAGGACAAGUUGGAAAAUUCAGAGAUGGGACCUUGAUUCUACAAAGCGGUGACAUAAAGAAAAUUAAAUCAACUAAAGUUAUCAAAUGAACUUAUGAUACCAAGUGAAAUGGACAAAAAGCAUUAAGACAGAACUCUUGUUGCCACCAGAAGAGACUUACAUAAUCCCUUGCCCUGCCACCAUGUCCUAAUUCAUUUACCUUAUUUUUUCUUGUAGGGUCUUCUAUCUCCUAUUCUUGGGAGAAUAUGACAAUUUACCAUUUUAUAAAUAAAAGAAAGACUUUUUAAUUAUUAAGAAGGUUACAUGGGCUGUUUUUAUAUGCACUAAAGAAAGCGUUUUACUUUCUAGAAUUAACUUAUUGGUGUUAAGUGAAAAAAUAAUCCACCUAGUGAAUUAUAUAUUAAAAUGUAUAGCUCUUUGCUUUCACCUAGAAGAAAUAUGACAAAAGCUGUACCUUAUUUGCUCUGAACCUGAAGUAGGUGUUCUUAAAGACAUACGGGGCAUACGUCUGUUUCUGUGUUUAUCUGAGUUGUUAGUGGAGAGUGGAACUAUAAAACAGUUUUCAUGCCCAGCAAAGCCUUUUAAGAUUUCAGAAUUAUCUUCUCAAGAAUGAAAAAUGAAACUUUUCUGAAGAUAAGAGUUAGAGGCUGAACCUGUAUAUCUACAGAGAACACCAAAUAAGCAGAUUCAGAUGAUUGUUUUGGUGGUGAUUGAGAUGUAAGACAGUGUACAAAAACAGGCAACGUUCAAGACCUGAGCUGAAUGCCAGAUGAGGUGCAGACAUCCAGUAGCUACACAUUGUUCAUGGUUAAUUUGUUUGUCGUUUAACAGUUAACCUAACUGAUAAAAACAGAGGAAAGAAGUUCAUGCUUUGUUUUUUGUUUUUUUUUUUUUAAUGUUUAAGGUUAUUGAGCAGCUGUGGCAGUGAAGCAGAUAUACAUGAGAAGGAAAAUAGCCAUUAUUGGAGAUGCUUCUUUUAGGUGUGCAGGUGAAAUUCAGCUUAGCCAUGAGGAUUUAGAAAACAUGCUUCCUAGCCGCCUUGUGGGAAUGUGAAUAGGCUGGUCUCUAACCUCACUGAACAGUGAGAUCUGAGCCAGCUUGCAGCUAACAAUGAGAACAGCAACACCACAAGCUGCUCCCUUCCUAGGAUAAGAAAUUAUCUUGAUGUGGGGGAACUACAGCAAAGGAUGGAAUAACUUCUCACAUGGUCUUUCCCCUGUACCUUUCACCUUACUUUCAAGUCUUGGAGAAGCACUGUGCCAAUACAGUUUGAGGACUAAAAGGGAGGGAUCCCAGAAGGAAAACAGAGUCAGGUAAAAAGAAGAAGGGAGUGUUUCUGCCUGCUCUUCCCACAUGGCUCUAGAGCUGGAUUGCUAAAUGCUGUUAUCACACUUUGUAAUUGCUUAAUCAGCAUUGAUUGCAAAUUCACACUGGAAUUAACAAUCCUAUCUAGUUACUGAAUAUACAGACUUAAGAAAUGUCAAAUCAUGAUUGCAUAUGAGGGUGUAAUUACCAAGCCUGAUUGUGUAGAGAGCAUCAAAACUUGGUGAGGCAAUAGAUGGGCUUUGGAUGUUAUGGAAUAACCUGUAUCUUUUAAUUUCUGCUUGAUCCUUGAGUUUGGUGUUUAUUUUUAAUGUCCACUUCUACAUGAAAUUCUGUUCAUCUGGCUUUGGGUAUUAUGUGCUGUGGGAGUUUGCAUCCUCACUCAGCCUAGAUAAUUUAAAGGGUUAAGUUCUCUUCCCAUCUCCACAACUGCCAAAA